GUGACUUGCACUUACUUACUUAGGUGUGACACCUGGCACACAGUCUCCUUAAAGUCAUUGAAAAUGGGGAAUCUAGACUCCUUCCCCACCUUCUCCCCAUCACCACGUAGUAACCCCGCCAUUCAACUUGCGUCUGGGUGGGUUGGUGAAGCGAGAGAGCGGAUACUUGUUCGUGUCAAACAAGCGCUUAUUCGCGUACGUAUCCCCAACGAAACAAAAAUUAUUACUCAAACCGUAUCGGACGACAUUAAAUAAACAUCAUUCGAUACCAAUCAACGGAAUAUAUACCUGGGGUUUGAGCGCUGAGCACAGACCCCCUUAUCCUACCCCGCUCCCCUCGUCAUGACCUUCCUUUUCGCUCGCGCACCCUCAAUACGAAUCGCCCCCACUCCAACGGCCACGCGCUCUAUCUCCCACUCUGCAUUAGUUUCGAAAGCACUCCCCUUCUAUCUUAAUAACCUGCGCUCAACAGAGCAAAAUGAUGGCAAGGUCUUGCGCAUGAUCAUGUUCGGUAAACCCGGUGCUGGCAAGGGAACCCUCUCAGCCCGCCUCGUGAAGAAGUAUGACAUACUUUCCCUUUCCACUGGGGACCUUUUGCGGCAGCACAUUGCGGAGAGAACGGAAGUUGGCAGACAGGCAGAAGAAAUUGUUGCACUGGGAAACUUACUUCCUGAUGAUGUCAUGCUAAAAGUUGUUACGAGUAAGCUUGAGGCACUCAACAAUAGGCAUUGGAUUUUGGACGGUUUUCCACGAACGUUAGGCCAAGGAAAAAUGCUUGAUACCCAUCUCCAGAUCCAGAAUGCCCCAUUAAGUCUUGUAGUCAACUUGGAUGUUCCAGACAAUGUAAUCCUGAGUCGGAUAUCUGACCGCUGGGUUCAUCUGCCAUCUGGCCGCGUGUACAACAUGUCAUACAACCGACCGAAAGUGGAUGGCUUCGAUGACGAGACAGGUGAACCCUUGACGCGGCGACCUGAUGAUAACCCUGACAUAUUCUCUCGCCGUCUCAAGCAAUUUUACGAUUCCACGUCGCCACUACUCGCAUAUUACGCAUCGCCCGUCAACAAGUCAGCACGACUCGUCACUUUGCAAGGCGAAACGUCAGACGAGAUCUGGCCUCAGCUAGAUGCUGCCGUGCGGAGGUCAUUCCCCGGUAUUCGAGAGCGCGCUUCCAGUAUUGCCCAGCGGCGAUAUAGUCUCAGUGAUCCAUUUGCAAUGGAGCAAGAAAAGCGAGCGAUCAAGCGCCGGGCAUCGGCUGGUGAUGCAUGAUGCCUAAUGCAUCUAAAAAUUUAAUUUUCCAUGUUCGCAGAUGCUGUUUUGCUGGUCGUUCUUUCGCUUCUCCAGUUGUCUGGGUUAAUGUUGCAUUUUUUGUUCUACCUACGUUUCAGCUACGUUCUUGACGUUUUGAUGUCACUAUGUUUUUAUCAGUUGUAUUUUUACCGUUGUAUACCAAUUCUCAAAUCUUGAAUGCAGCUGUCGAUGUUGCGUUGGAUCAUUACAAUUG